ACAUAGAAGCAUAGAAUAGCAGAGUUGGAAGGGGCCUACAAGGCCAUCGAGUCCAACCCCCUGCUCAAUGCAGGAAUCUUUGCAGGGUCAGUGUGCAUUACGGAGCCAGAAGGGGUAACCGGAGGUUCUGGGUUCGGAUGGGUGUAUUCCACAGACUGGAGGAGAGUAAUGCAUUAAAGAGAGACGAUGGAGGGCAGUGACCGACCAAGAAAGAGAUCUUGGGGUUGUGGCGGACGGCUUGGUGGAAGGGUUGCCCCAGCAUGCAGCUGCUGUGAAAAAGGCAAACAACUCCACGUUAAGUAUAAGUAGAAGAGGGAUCGAAAACAACUGCCAAGAUCAUACUGCCUUUAUACAAAUCUAUGGUGCCAACUCGCUUGGAAUACUGUGUACAGUUUUGGUCACCGCGUCUCAAAAAAGAAUGACGUAGAGUGGGGGAAAGUGAAGAAGAGGAAAGGUUACAACAGCUGGGACUGUUUAGCUUAGAAAAGAGUCUUCUGAUGCAGCGGAAGGUGGCUGUCCUUGGUGGAGGGGUGAGCGGUCUUGCAGCCUGCUAUUACCUGGCCAAAAGUCCCCAGGCACCCAAGAUAAUCCUCUUAGAAAGCAGCAACCACCUGGGCGGCUGGAUCCAUUCCACCCGCACGGAGGAUGGGGCAGUUUUUGAACAUGGGCCCAGAGGGAUCCGGCCUGCUGGGGACGUGGGAAAGAACACCCUUCUUAUGGUGUCCGAACUUGGACUUGAAGGGGACGUGCUUCCAGUCCCUGGUGACCACCCAGCUUCCAAGAACCGCUACCUCUACGUUGGUAGGAUGCUGCAUAAACUCCCUUCGGGUAUUGGGGGCCUCCUCCGGACGGUGUCUCCUUUCACCCGUCCUCUGGUGUGGAGCGGGCUGAGAGAGCUGACGGCCCCUCGUGGCUCCGAAACAGACGAGACCAUCCAUGCCUUCGUGAGGCGGCGCUUUGGGCAGGAGCUGGCCGACAUUGUCAUCGACAGCCUGUGCCGAGGAGUGUUUGCCGGAGACUGCCGGGCGCUGAGCAUUCGCUCCUGUUUCCCGGCACUGUUCCGGGCCGAGCAGACGCACCGCUCUGUCAUCUUGGGCAUGGCCCUGGGUGGAGGGAAAAGCGUCCCUGUGGACUCUCCGCUGAUCCGCAGGGCCCAGGAAGAGCGCUGGAGUCAGUGGUCCCUUCGCGAUGGCAUGCAGUCCCUGCCUGAAGCCUUGGGGGACUUCUUGAAGCAACAUGGGGUGGAGACCCACUGUGACAGCCCUGUGAAGCAGCUGGAGAGAACAGCGUCUGGUUCCUGGCGGAUAGCCCUAGAGGACGGCAGCGUGGAGGCCGACCACGUCAUCAGCGCUCUGCCUGCCAAAGCUCUUGCUGCUUCACUCCCCGGCUGGGCCGAACCGCUGGGCCGAGAGCUGCUGGCCAUCCAAGCUGUUUCGGUGGGGGUGGUGAACCUGCAGUACGAAAGCGUGAGGCUCCCCGUCACGGGGUUCGGGCACUUGGUGCCUUCCUUUGAGGACAGUUCGUUGCUAGGCAUCGUUUACGACUCGGUCGCCUUUCCUGAACAGGAUGGGUCCAGCGGAACCAGCACUCGCCUGACGGUGAUGCUGGGUGGCGCAUGGUUCACGCCAAGUUUCGGUGACCCAGACACAGUCUCCCAUGCUGUCUUGCUAAGCCGAGCACAGGCCGCUGUGCAAAACCACCUUGGGAUAUCGGCUGAGCCGUCUCGCUCCAUUGUCAAGGUGCAAAAGGCUUGCAUUCCUCAGUACACCCUUGGCCACUGGAAGCACAUAGAGAGUGCAGCCGCUUACCUAGCACAAGAGAAGCUGCCUCUGAGCCUGGUCGGGGCCUCCUACGAGGGUGUUUCGGUCAACGACUGCAUCUCCAGCGGCCGGACCGCCGUGGCCAAGCUUCUCGGCCACGUCUCCUGAGCGAGGGCUGCGCUCCGCCGCAGUUUGGGAUCCCUGUGCCAAGUCGCUCCUCUCCUCCAGCCGGUGAUAGCUCUGUCCCUAUCCUGCUGGCUUCCCAGGACCAGGGGUGCAGGGGAAUCGACAACUUUUUAACAACGGUGUUUUUAAGAGGAGGGCCAGUUGCCUUGGGCCGGCAGGGAAAGACGAACAGCACCACCCCGUCCUGAAACGGCAUCCCCUCCUCCCGCUUGGAUGCCUCCAUGAGUGCAGGUACUUAUCUCUCUGCACCAUCAAGUGAGCGUCAUCCGGAUCAGGCUUUCCCCGGGAUGAUGGGUGUGUGAAUGUGUGCUGUCGGGCUUGGAAGGAGGCUCUCCUGUGCAUGGGGAGCCUCAGUCCUACACUCCCCCAGCAGUGGUGUUCCAGAUAUUGUCCUGGUGGGGUUUUGGGCAUUCCUACUCUGUCCCAAGAUGUGGGGGUUGGCACACUCUGCAGGCGGCGUUGGCCCUGCCGCACGCCUGUGUACAGCUCACUGGUACGCCAAUAGCUAAUAAAAGAAACCCAGCAGACCUACCGAUGGGGCUGGCUGGGAUGACUUCUCAA